CCUGACGUCACAGGUGGCAAGAUGAGCCUCCCUGCAGAGCUUUAUUCAGCGAGAUCAGUUUUUGGAAUUGAAAGUUGAGGGGGGGGAGGCGGCAGGUGGCCCGAGGCAUCAGGUGUGCAUGCAGAGAGGCAGGGAGAAAGAGGAGAAGAGGAGCAGGCAGCAACCAGAUGAAUGAGCUCCAUAGCACUGGGCAUGUGAUAAGGGGAGCGCAGGACUGUGCUGGGUCUAUAACAGUAUGUGUAUGUCAAGAUCAGACAUAAGAGCGGCUGCAGGAGGGAGCUCAACUUUUAUUAGUUACCUGGAACUGGAUGCAAAGGAUGAUGGCAAUGCAGCUGGACGAGAAACACUUUCAAUAGUUUCUCUUUGGAUUUAUGCAUGAGGGUAAUCCUUGAUUCUGCUGGACCAUGGCUGUCAAGCAAGGGAGGCAGUGGAGGUCCAUGUGCAAAGGCCUGGUCCUGGGUACCCUCCUGACCAGCUGCAUGAUCCUGCUUUACUGCCUCUCCACUCCACAGAUCCACCUCAGUCUGCCUGAGGUUCCAGUGCCUUACUCCUGUGCCCACCGUCCAUCCCAGCUCCACCCAAGAUCAACCACAAACAGCUCACAACAAACCCACGGCCAGACCUGCACUCCUAAAGUGGACGUCAUGUUCAUGAAGACACACAAAACGGCCAGCAGCACCUUCCUCAACAUCCUUUUCCGCUUUGGGGAGAAGCACCGGCUCAAAUUUGCCUUCCCUGACAGCAGAAACGACUUCUUCUAUCCGUCCCCUUUCCAGCGCUCCCAGGUUAAAGACUACAGACCUGGAAUGUGCUUCAACAUUAUCUGUAAUCACAUGCGCUUCAAUGCACCUGAGGUGGCCAAGUUACUACCAAUGGACACUUCCUAUAUCACUAUUCUGCGAGACCCUGCAGAGCUUUUUGAGUCAUCCUUCCAUUACUUUGGCCGCCUGGUGCCUUUUACUUGGAAGAUACCAGGUGAUGACAAGCUGACUGAGUUUUUACGUGACCCCCAUAACUACUUUGAUCCAGAGGGCUUCAACUCUUUCUACCUCAAGAAUCUGCUGUUCUUUGACUUUGGACAGGACAACACUCUGGAGCUGGAUGACCCGCGGGUAGAAGAGGGAAUCAGAUUUAUCACUGACCGCUUUCAGCUGGUCAUGUUGGUGGAGUACUUUGAAGAAUCACUCAUCCUACUUAAGGAUGCCCUCUGCUGGGAGAUGGACGACGUGCUCUUCUUCAAGCUCAACGCCCGUAAGGGAUCCACUGUGUCCAAACUCACCACUGAGCUGAGAGCAAGGGCUCUUGAGUGGAACGCUAUUGACUGGAAGCUGUACCAGCAUUUCAACCAGACUUUUUGGAAGAAAGUAGAUGCAUAUGGACGACAGCGUAUGGCUGAGGAUGUGGCAGAGCUUAGGAGAAGGAACGCAGAGAUGGCAUCCAUCUGUAUCGAGGGGGGAAGAGCUGUCGAAGCUGGCAGCAUCCAAGAGACAGCCAUGCAGCCCUGGCAGCCCAUUGGAGAGAAGUCCAUCAUGGGCUAUAACCUGAAGAAGAACGUGGACAAGGUGCAUCGGAAAUUGUGCCGAAAGAUGUUGAUGCCGGAGCUUCAGUACUUAACAGAACUUGGUGUUAACCUGUGGAUCACCAGGCUGUGGGGCCAUGUCCGAGAUAUCAUUAACUGGUGACUAGAUGUGUGAACAAGAGGGGCCAAUUCAACAAAGACUGUAUUAGAAAAAGAGGAAUCUGACCGUGUGGCUGAGUGAAAGAGUGAAAGGUUAAAGGUUUCUGUCACAUUUCAAUCUUAUGGCCUGUCUCAUUUUGUUGAAAUGUCUCCACGUUGACUUGAUUGUGCGCUGUAAUGUAUCUGAUGGGUGCUUGAUUUAAAAAAAAAAAAAUACUGUAGACCUCACAAUCUACAAAUACUGAACCAGUUUACUACAUGCAGAUAAGACCUAGUAUUGUUAUCUAUGUUUGUUAGUCAAUUUUCAAUAAUGUAAAUAUUCCACUCUCAGAUGUGAGCUUGUUGUAAUGGAGAUGAGUGAACAAUGAAGUUCACAACAAGUUUCAUAAGCCCUUUAAUGGUUGCCUGGGUCAUGACCAUUGAAUCCGUCCACUCCAUUGUGUCUGAGUUGACUAAUUCGUCUGGCAUUGUGGCAUGAAACAGCGGUUUCUUGGUUAAAAUAAAUGAAUUACCAAUGUGGCCGUGGGGGGACUCAGUUAGCCAAUCAGUGCCAUGGGCAGGACUAACAUUAUCUGGCGUUGUCAAGCAUUGCAGAGGAACAAAUGAGGAGUAAUAAUGACAAUGGUGAGCACUAAAGACAAGAUAGAUGCUGCUACUGCUAAUAUCGCCCAACAUCAUAGUUUGCUUUACUUUGCUCUGCAGAUGUGCUGGUCUUUAGUGAUUGGUUAAGGAAUAUCGUAACCCCCCUCACCCACGGAAAUCAGUUUGAGUGGAUGCAAUGUCAGACUGAAGAUGAAAACGGAGUGAAAUGAGUUGACAAUGCUGUCUGAUAUCAGGCAACUUAAAUGGAAUAAAGACAAAACUGUUGCCAUCCCUGCCAAUUUUUUUAGGUUGUUGAGCACAUGGAAAGAACGGUUCUUCACGUUGAGCUAAAUAUUGUUAAAACUCUUUGUUGUUCAUCCCCUUUAAGUGUAAACAUUUAAGUUCUAAGAGACUGAGAGCCCGGUGCUAAAGCACAGUUGUGAAAAAAAGUGAAUGUCAGUACAGUAUUACAUCCCUCUUUACUGUCUGUAUGGAGGACAAAAUCAGCCAUCUUUUUUUUUUUUAAAAAAAAGGGUGAGCAAAUACAGACUUUUCCAAUGGCGGACAUUUUCAUGUCAUAACAGGGAAAGCACGUGCGCAACUAGUAACAUUAACAUUUGCUCCUGAAUCAAUUGUAACCAUUGUUAUUGUUACUAAUUACACCUUUGCUUUUGCUGCAGCGACAUGUGAAAAUGUCUGUCAUGUAAAAGGUCUGAUAAAUAAUAUGCAAAAAAAUCUAGGUAUAAAUCAAAACCGAGUACAGCCCUGUGCAAUCAAGAUGAAAAACAGUUUUCGCAUUCAUUUACUUUUCUUAUACGUUUUCAUAGCACAGUAUAUGGUUUAUUAUAUGUUGAGUUAUUUUGCUGCAUUAUAUAACAUUUUCACUUCUUUGGGGCAAUUUGCAGUUGUAGCCAGUCCUCCUCUUUCUCCUGAUAUCACAAUGUUAAUCCUAAAAGCAUUUGCCAUUACCAGAUGCAGGUACAUUGAUGAUGCAAUGGGCCUUUGUUUGCAUAGUGAGCCAAAAGAAAAUUAAUUGUCAGUUGAGUAAAGUGAAUCCUUUCUAAAAAGGCAUUAUGACAAUGACUAACAGUGUUGAACACCACUUACAUGUGUUUACACAGCCUCGUAAAUUAAAUGAAGAAAUACCUAGAUGUUUUUCCUGUCAAUGCACUGUAUUACUCAUUUAUUUCUUAAUUUAUGUUCAUAUACAUUAUAUGAACCAUUCAAUUGCUAUUCUGUUGCUAGGUUAACAGCUUUGAUCGGUGUUUACUUCCUGUCAGCUACUGCAUUAACAAACAUACCAACAGGGACCAAUUAAGUAUGUUUACGUUGUCAAGUUUAAACACAACGUAUGUAUUCUGUGCUUUUGUUCAUUUAAUAUUUUGUUUAUUGUGUUUUGUAUUUAACAUGGAUUCGGUUAUGUAUUCAUUAUCUGUAAAUUACUGAUUUUGUCCUCCAUACACCUCUUAUUCUUAGCAGUUUUCUAAGAGUA